UUUGCUGUUUGAGGUUCGGUUGACUAAACAUAAAAACUCUUGGUGUCUCUGCAGAAGAACAAGUAGCGGCAGCACAGAAGGUGAACUGAUGCUCGGCGGAACAGAUGAGUCGAUGUACAUUGGACCAAUUAACUGGAUUCCAGUGACGGCUAAGGGAUACUGGCAGAUUAAACUGGACAGUGUGGCCGUGCAGGGCGUGAGUUCGUUUUGUCCUCGUGGUUGCCAGGCGAUUGUCGACACAGGAACUUCCCUAAUUGCUGGACCGAGCAAUGAAAUCCUCAGCCUCCAGCAACUGAUCGGAGCCACACCCACAAACAUUGGAGAAUUUUUUAUCGACUGCGCCCGGUUGUCCAGUUUGCCUCAUGUGACGUUCGUCCUCGGGGGAAGAGACUACACGCUGACUGCUGAACAAUAUGUCAGGAAGGAGAUGCUUGGUGACAGGGAGUUGUGCUUCAGUGGAUUCCAGAAUGUGGACAUAGUUUCCCCUGAGGGCCCCCUGUGGAUUCUGGGAGAUGUAUUUCUGACAGAGUACUACAGCGUCUUCGACAGAGGACAGGACCGGGUCGGCUUCGCGCCUGCUAAGCACCCAAGCAAACAAUGA